AUGGCCCAGCAAGCGAUAGCCCAAUUUUGGCUCGCAACUAAAACCGAGCUUCAAGAUGUGCUUCUGCAGGAGCAGCUCGUCCAGCACUUCGAACCCACCAAAGACACGCGCGUCGUCCACGAAAUCAUAUCCGAACUGUUCUGCCGGUAUGUUCACCUCUGUCGCAUGCUCGAUCGUUGCUACGAUCAAACGCUGCAGGUUCAGAAACGAGCGGUCAUCCAAUCCCUGGCGCAAACGGCCAGUCAACGAAAGCUGGAGCUACAGCAAAAACUCAAGCAGAUUGAGCUCAGUGAGUUCACCUACAUUGACGGUGCCCUGCGAGAGCUGCAUCUGAUCCCCGAGGAUGUUCAAGCUCUACGACCCUGCUACUUUCCGCUGGGAAGAACAGAGCAACAUGCUGCGCUGACUUCCAGCUUAACCCUGGAGCCACUGACAAGCAGUUCGAGCGAAGAGCUUAGCAGCAGUUCCGAAAGCGAUGAUGAACCUCCACCGGAUCCACGACGUCCCAUCAAGCAACGCGAUCGCGCCAAGGAGAAGCGAGUCGCAGCUCUAAAUCUUAUACUUGCCCACGAAAAGGCCCGUCUUGCGAGGAUCGUGCAUCUGAACUUUCGACUGCAUCCGAAGGUCUUCUAUCCCAAGACGCGGGAGGGCUCCAUCCAGGAAUAUUCGUACGAGUUCUACCACAAACCGGACCAAUACAUGUUGUUCCCCGUCAAGCGGACCGUGUACACGUGGGAUUACUACAUAAAGAAGAAGGAUGUGGUGGCAUUUCCGUACUAUAGACCAGCCGGAUGGAUUGAAGAAAUUGAUCAGGAGCUGCCACCGAAGGUUGUGAAAAAUCCAGAUCCGAUUGUUGAAGAAGACGAAUUAGAAGCUGACAAUACGGAAGAGUUAAUCGAGAGAAUGAUCAAGAAUCGAGCUGCAAAGAAGAUCCAACGGUACUGGAGAUGUUACCAUGAGAGAAAGCGGUCUAUACAAGAGCGCUACCACAGGUAUGUGGUUUUGGGAAUGAUCGACGAGAUGGAACGUGGUCCGGAUCUAAGUUCAAGGAUCGAACGAGCUGAAUCAGAAAGGAGAAAGCGAAGACUAGAAUUCGAUGAAGCGUUUUUGAAGGCAGUCGAAGACGAGAAAACGCGGAUUCUGCAACAGCGUGGGCCAUGGAUCAUGGAGGACAUAUCCGAUCACAUUCGGGCGUGGUUCAGAGAGUUUUAUGAUCGAGCGCAUGCCUUCGAUCGGUAUCCGGAAGUUUGGGAAGGGGGAACGUUACUGGUGAUCAAGGGAGAAUCGUUGACACCGGAUGAAUACCUAGAGGUUCAGAGAAAGAAAGCAUUGGAUAAAUUAAAAUCUGUCGAACAGAAGAAGAAAGAAGCCGAAGCCAAGAAAAAGACAAAAGCUCAAGAGAAGGAAAAGAAGAAAGCGGUAAAACAACAACUGAAAGAGCUGAAGCGCGAAGAAAAGGAACGGGAAAAGAAGGAAGGCAAAACGUACGAUUUCAGGAAACCGGAAUUUGCUACUAAUGCGUACAUAACAAUCGAAGAGACAAUCGAGCGCUACGAAAAGGAUUGGUUCUUUAUCGACGAACUGGAAAAUGCAGAUGAGCUACCGAUCAUGGAUUGGAUAACGCUGGAUAAAUUUGCCGAACUUCACCAAGAGCUGCGCCCGAUCGUGGAUGAAGUGCUUCGUGGCGAAAGAGAGCUGCUUCAAAAAGCCUUAUGUAAGGAUAGUAAGAAGAAGUACAAGCCAGCAAAACCGAAGAAGGAAAAGAAGAAACGCAAGGGUAAAGGGAAAGGCAAGAAAAAGAAGGAUGCACCGGAUUUGACGGCUGACAGGACAAUCGAUUCACUCUACGAAGAGUUAGUUGAGAAGAACGUGAUCCGAAAGUACAAAAGAAGGAAAUUGGAAGACUUCAUAGGUGAUUACAACUAUGCGGCGUUUGAGAAGCGAAACUAUCUGCAGCAGGAUCCUCCUGCUGCUAUGGGUGAAGUUCGAGACAUCAUCAGAACUUGGUUAUUCGGCAUGGGUCCACUGGUUAUAUCGAAACCGAAAUCAUUCUGCCUUUUGGGACCACGUGGCUACGGGAAAACCAUGCUAGUGGAAUCCAUUUGCAGCGAAACGGAUGCGGUCCUGUUCGACCUCAGUGUCGAGACCGUAGCCCCGGUUGCAGCAGCACAGAUUCCUCUACUAUUGCACACGGUACUGAAGAUGGCCCGUAUUCUACAACCCACCGUUAUCUGCAUCGACGAAGCACACAAGCUAUUCUACAAGAAGGUCCCACCGGAUGAGAAAUCACUGGAUCCAACCAAGCUCGGAAUGUACCUGUUCAAGCAACUGGUCAAACAGAUCAAAAAGGACGAGAAGAUCCUACUGGUUGGCACGUCCAGCCAACCGUGGACGGCCAAGAUGGGAAAGUUCAAGAAGUGCUUCGAAAAGUUCUUGCUGAUUCCGAAAACCGACUACGGAUCGACGCAGAUGCUUUGGAGACACGCGAUGAACAGGAAGGUCGGAAUCGGGAAGGACUUUAACCUUUCGUCGCUGUCGAUGGUUUCCAGGGGAUACUCUCCGGCGCAGAUACUCGGAUGCGUGAGUCAGGUGCUGAGCAUUAGACGGCGAAUGAGACUAGCACGGGAACCACUCACCGCUCAGGAACUGCUGGAACACUUCAUCCAGAAGCAACCACCGGAAUAUCCCAUCACAGAUAAGGAAUACAUGAAAUUCCUCAAAUUCCACCGAAAAGCUGACAAACUGGCCAAACAGCGCACCAAAAUGAUCAAGGCACGCGAAGCAGAGUUGGCCAAACUGAAGGCCAAGCAAGCAAAGAAGAAGAAGUAGAUCUGCAUGGAUGCUGUG